UUUAAAAUGUAUGCAGUCUUAUCAACCUGUUAGUUUCUUCACAGCCGUGCAAGUGCUAGGUUGAACCUUCUUUUCCUAAUAUUGAUGACGCCUCCAGAACUAAUCGCACUCUAAGGUUUACAGACUCUUUUUCAAAGUGGGUAACUUUUCUUACAUUCUUAUUCAGUGUAAAAGGACCAAAAAGAAGCUCGUUUGCGGGACUUAGAAAAACGGAGACUUCCCUUUUGCGGGUAUUCAGAAAAUUUAGAGGAAUCUCAGAAUAGAAAUGGCACCGAACCCGAAGGAGCCUUCGGACGCCUUGGAGGAGACCUGCAUGAAAUCUUCUGAACAUUUGAAAGAACAAAAUAAGGCGGAAUCAAAUGAAGAAUGGCGAGGAGGGUAUUUCGUGACAAAAGUCAGAUGGGAUAGGGCCCUCUUCCUCAUUGCAUUUCACGCGUGGUCUUUUUACGCCGCAUUAACGCUUCCUUACCUGGGAUGCAAGAGGACAUGGUUGUGGAGCACCUUUCUGUUGUAUGCAAGUAUCUUUGGUGUAACCGGUGGAGUGCAUCGAUAUUGGUCGCACAGGUCUUUCAAGGCGAAAUUGCCCCUCCGAAUUAUCCUGCUUAUUUGCUACGCCACGGCUGGUCACUUUCGGAUCAGCCAUUGGGUAAGGCUUCACCGCGUUCAUCACAAAUGUUCGGAAACGGAUGCGGAUCCGCAUAACAGCAAGCGCGGAUUCUUCUUUUCGCACGUUGGUUGGCUCGUGCUCGAAAGACAUCCUGAAGUCCGUCGACAGGAACGCCUGAUUGACAUGAGCGACGUCUUCAGCGAUCCUGUCGUACGAAUUGCCGAUAAGCACUUCGAAUUCGUGAAGAUCCUCUUUGCUUACAUCGUGCCAAUAAUAGUGCCGGUUUACUUGUGGAACGAAACCUGGUACAACGCCUUGUCGAUAAAUGCCAUACGUUACGUCCUUUGUAUAAACAUGAUAGGCUCUAUAAACAGCGCGGCACAUCUUUGGGGCUACAAACCAUACGACAAGUCCAUUGCUCCUGCGCAAAACAUCUUCGUUGCUCACUUUGCGAUGGGCGAAGGAUGGCACAAUUAUCAUCACGUUUUUCCCUGGGAUUACAAGGCGGCCGAGUUCGGAAAUUAUUCUCUCAAUUUGACUGCUGGCCUCAUCGACAUGUUUGCAAAAAUUGGAUGGGCCUAUGAUCUGAAGCAGCCCUCGAAGGACUUGAUUAAAAAGAUCGCUUUGCGAAGAGGUGACGGCAGUUAUAAAAAUGUUGAUGAAGUUCCUGAGCCAAUAAGUGUAGAAGAGAUGGAGAAGAAAAAUUAAAAUUUUCUGCUUUCGGAUUCUGGAAUAGAGGAUCCCAUCUCACGAUUCUUAGGUCAUUUUAUUAUAUAGCAAAGGCACUAGAUUACAGGGCUUAUGACCUGGGUCACUCGAGUAAUCCGUGAUAAUUAUAACCCCGAGCGCUCAAGCCAAAUUGUAUAUUUACGUUUCCUUGUGGUAUUGCGAUUAUGAAAAUGUAGGUUUGUAUCGCUGGUAAUUAACAGAAUGUUAUUUUUUGUAGCGUUUGCCCUCUUCCUUGCACCAUACCGAGUCUUGAAAUAAAGCAUAGAAUUGAUAUUGCA